AUUUACCCAGGCAGCACUUUAGUUACCAAAGUGAACUUAAUUGAGCUUUUCUUAUUUUGACUAAGUAUUUUUUUUCUUCAAUGAACAGUCACUGAAUAAAUGAUACAUUAUGUAUCAGAUAUUACGAUUUCCAUCAAGAAAGAUAGCAGCUACCUUGUCUUGUAAUGUUACUUCAUCUGGAAUAGUUACGUUAACUGCACCUUCUAUUAUAUUACCAUCCUAUUUCCAAAGAACAAUUCAUUCAUCAAAGUCUUUAUGGGAUAGUGUUGGAAACAUAGAAACUGUUGAAAAACCAUCAAUCUAUAGAAGAGUCUUUAAAAAACUGGGUUUCUUUGAUAUAUCCACAUAUAAACUCCGAUUGAAUGGAGUACUAUUGUACCAGAGUGUCGCUGAAAACAUUGAUUAUUUAAAAUUUUUCAAAGAUUUUAACAUGUCAGAUACGUUUUUUUCGUGGUUUCUUAUAACGGAAUUACACGUUUGGAUGUUGAUGGUACGUACUAUGUCCGAAGGUGAAGAGGGUCAUUUUCUUAGAAAUGAAAUUGUUUCAUCAAUGUGGGCAGAUGCAAAUACGCGAAUAAAAAAGCUUGGACCUAUUGCUACUGCAGUUUUAAACAAACAGUUAACUGAAAUCUCACAACAGUUUAAUGCAGCAAUAAUUGGCUAUGACGAAGGGCUAUUAUCUGAUGACAAAGUAUUGGCUGGUGCAGUAUGGAGGAGAUUCUUACAAUCAGAAUCCAACGAUCCGGAAGCUGUAGAGAAACUAGUUAUUUACGUUCGAAAACAGAUUUGUGCCCUAGACAAACAACCAAAGGACGAUUUUUUAAAGACUCCUAAUGUAAUCUGGCUCAGUUACAAUAGUAGUAAAUAAUAAUUAAAUACGACUUUUAUAAAAAUGUAGAUCAUCAUUGUAAAUACUUGUUAAUCGACUCAUCUGUCUUCAAGUGUUAUCGUAAUAAAUUAAAUUCCUGUACAUAUAUACAUAGUUGCCAUUAAGACAAUUAAAGGUUGAUUUAUUAAAGUU